GAAACAAAACCCAAAAGAAAAAAAAAAAGAAAAAAACAGAAGGAACCUGAAACUCCAAAACAUCCACAUCUCAAUUCUCAACCACACAAAAGCUCAACCUUCUUACCAUUUUUUUUUUGGUUUCUUCUUCCCAGAAACAACAACGAUCUCACUCAGAUCAAUUUUUUUUCCCAGAAGAAUUAAAAAAAAAAUGAGCAGUAAGAUGAUGGCCUUUACUCUAUCAACCCCUAGAUUUUCUUCGAUUUCUCGCAAACCCAUCAACACUUGUUCUCCUUCGAGGACACACUCUGUUCCUCACUUCAGCCAUGCACGAUCGAUUUCUCUUAGAAGAAGACUUCUCUUAUUGCCCCUUCAAGCUUCCACCGAUCAAUCAGGUCAGGUGGGUGGGGAAGAAGUUGAUAGCAAGAUUUUACCUUACUGUAGCAUCAACAAGAAUGAGAAGAGAACCAUCGGCGAACUGGAACAAGAGUUUCUCCAAGCGAUGCAAUCGUUCUAUUACGAAGGCAAGGCGGUUAUGUCUAAUGAAGAGUUUGAUAACCUUAAAGAAGAGUUGAUGUGGGAAGGAAGCAGUGUUGUCAUGCUAAGUUCUGAUGAACAAAGAUUCCUUGAAGCUUCGAUGGCUUAUGUCUCUGGAAAUCCAAUCUUGAGUGAUGAAGAAUACGAUAAGCUCAAAAUGAAACUAAAGAUGGAUGGAAGUGAAAUUGUGUGCGAGGGUCCAAGAUGCAGUCUUCGUAGUAAAAAGGUUUACAGUGAUCUUGCCAUUGAUUACUUCAAAAUGUUCUUACUGAAUGUACCAGCAACUGUUGUUGCUCUCGGACUAUUUUUCUUUCUUGAUGAUGUUACGGGUUUUGAAAUCACAUACCUGCUCGAGCUUCCGGAACCGUUCAGUUUCAUUUUCACAUGGUUUGCUGCGGUGCCUGCAAUUGUAUAUCUGGCGCUAUCACUCACCAAACUGAUCAUCAAAGACUUCUUGAUCUUGAAGGGCCCUUGUCCAAACUGUGGAACAGAGAAUGUAUCCUUCUUUGGAACAAUACUUUCCAUCUCCAACGAUGGUAACACCAACAAUGUCAAGUGCUCUGGCUGUGGAACGGAGAUGAUCUAUGAUUCAGGUUCUCGUUUGAUCACAUUACCAGAAGGUGGCAAAGCUUAACCCUAUGAGCCAAGGGAAAUGUAUGUAAAAUUGAUAUACUAACAGAUGAAGAAGGUGGAGAAAUUAAAGAAGAAGAAGAAAAGCAAAAGACUUUGUUUGUGUGCUUUUUGGUAUAAUCUUUAGAUCUUUUCUUGUAGUUGUCAUUGACUUAUACUGUGUUUGUUAGUAAUGUGAGGCGCAAUCAAAGAAAAACAUCGUAUGGUUACUUCUUUGAGAAACUUUGCUCUCAUUAGAAAACAAGGAAAAAUAGCACCACCUUGUUUUAUUUUAUUUCAUUUUACUUUUAUUUCAUUUUUUUUUGUUUGUUAUAGUUUUGAUUAUAUGUGUGUUCCAUAAUCUUGCAUUGAAAAAUUAUAUUUGUUAAUCCAUGUGAAACUGUA